CAGAACGAGACACCGGAGGAAAAGCAACUGAUAAAAAAAUCAUCUUGACUACAGAGUGACCCCAUCUACGAGACAUCAUGAAGACCCUGGCUCUGCUAUCCAUCUGUGCUCUUCUGUCAGUGUGUUGGUCCAUGGGAGCUGUGGAACCAGAGGUCAUUGUGGAUUCUGCCGCUGAUCCUGCAGCUGAUGUUCCCAAUUCAUCGUCCUCUUCCUCAUCCGAGUCUGAUUCAGCUUCAUCCUCUGCAUCUGACUCUGCAUCCGACUCUGCCUCUGACUCUUCAGCCUCCGAUUCAACAUCACAGUCCUCCUCCUCUUCUGAGUCCUCAGAGUCUUCCGAGUCCUCCUCCACGGAAUCCUCAGAAUCCUCCUCCUCUGAAUCAGACUCCUCAGCCUCUGACUCUGCUGCCUCUUCAUCUUCUUCUUCCUCCUCAGAGUCAGCCAGUGCUGAAGAUUCCCAUGUAGUUGUGAAGAGAGACCUGGCGUCUGUUAUUCUCAGGAGAAGAAGAGCUGCCCAAGGCCAGCUCAGCCCCCUGCAGCUGGAAAGCCUGAAAGAGGUGUGUGAGCUGAACGUUGCCUGCGAUGACAUGGCUGCCACUGAAGGCAUCGUCGCAGCGUACACUGCCUACUAUGGGCCAGUCCCUUUCUAAGUUAAAUAGUUGUCUUUCAUCUGCUUUUGGACAUUUUCUCAGGCCUUCUGACAGCAGUAACAUUAAAACAACUACCUUAAACCUAGAAAGGAGCAGAAAAAUAAAUAAAAAGGGAGAAACCGGAGCUGUCUUCUGAAUUUAUAAGCUGCUUGUCAUUGUGUGCAUGGGCACCUGCAGCAGUCCUGUAUGUUAAGGGUCCCCUUCAGGCUUUCUGAAAAAGGCACAUGGAAACAUAAGCCUGUGAAUUAUGUAGAGGCCCAUCCAAGUGUAAAUGAUUCUUCUAUCCUAUUGAGUGAUACAAUGAAUGGUGCUACAAUAUGAAAUGUAUUGUGUGUUAAUGUUUUUCUUUUAGUUUGUGCUUUGUAUUUUAUCUCAUGCAGUUCUACUAAGUAGUAGAUGUAGAAAUGAGCUGAUUUUGGUUGUGUGCAAUAGGUGUAAAAACACACAUUAGAGGUCUGUAAUAACCAUAAACUGCCUCUUGGUUUGAAAAAUAAUAAAUAGUUUUUUUUUUU